UGGGCUAAAAGUCAUUUUUUUAUGUUUUUUAGUUUUUAAAAAAUUUUUUAAAAAUUUUUUAGAAAAUUUCCUAUCAAAAAUUCAAUUUUCUUUCAAAAAUGGAAAAUUCAAUCAACGGCGACGUCAAAAACAUUUCUGGAAGGAAAACAACAAAUUCUGCACAGACCAACGGGCAAACACACAUUCCAGCUUCAAAUCAUUCCUCUCCGGCCAGAAAUCCGUUAAACAGCAAUUUGGGGGUAGCGAGGAGAAGACGAACUGUGAUUAAACGGGGAAAUGAGCCUCCAGCUGCUACGAGUUCUUCAAAUGCUUGGGACUCCCACACUUGUCUUUCUGCAGAAGAAAAGUCUAGGCUUGAAGCUGUCCAAAGGGAGUGGCGUUUGAGUCGUCCAAAAGCUAAACAGCAAUUGUGGUCCAAACAGUUUUCCACUGGCAGCGGCGCUCCAGCACCAGCAGAUACACUUGUUGGUACUCCCCCAACUGCAAUACCUUCUCCAAUAUUUCAACAGUUAAAUCUCGCAAAAUUGCCCGUUGUUUCCGAAGCCUUAAAACAAAAUGCGAUAGACUCGGUAGAUGCAAUAACCCCCAUAACUCUAAUUCCGGCAGCUGCUGUAGCUGAAAUUAAACAACAGGAAGAGGAGGAACGGAGAAAAUUGUCUGAGGAUUAUGAUGAGGACUAUGACGAGGAAAAACCGAUUGACAAAUCUCCGGAUGGUCGUUUCCUCAAAUUUGAUGAAGAAUUGGGUCGUGGUUCUUUUAAAACUGUUUAUCGUGGUUUAGACACAGAAACAGGCGUAGCAGUCGCUUGGUGUGAAUUACAAGAACAAAAAUUAAGCAAGCCUGAAAGACAACGUUUUAGAGAUGAGGCUGAAAUGCUUAAAGGACUUCAACACCCAAAUAUUGUCAAAUUUUAUGAUUAUUGGGAAAGGACAGAUGGAAAACGAAAAUAUAUAGUCCUCAUCACUGAAUUGAUGACUUCUGGGACUCUUAAACUUUAUUUGAAACGUUUUAAACGAAUUAAUGUCAAAGUUCUCAAAUCUUGGUGUCGUCAAAUACUCAAAGGCUUAUAUUUUUUGCAUACUCGUCAACCUCCUGUUAUUCAUAGAGACUUGAAAUGUGAUAAUAUUUUUAUUACUGGAACUACUGGAAGUGUAAAAAUUGGGGAUUUAGGUCUUGCCACUCUCAAAAAUAAAUCUCAUGCAAAAAGUGUUAUUGGAACGCCAGAAUUUAUGGCACCUGAAAUGUAUGAAGAACUAUAUGAUGAAGAAGUUGAUGGUAUUUUUUUUUAAUUUUAGAUUUAUUUAAAGGGGAUAGGAUUUUUCAAAAAAAAUUUUUCGGGAAUAUUAAACGGGAAUUGUCGUGAAAAAGGUUUGUAAAAUCGGGGGGAAUUCGGGGAAACCGGCGGGAAAGGGAAUUUUUUUUGGAAAUCGUGACUUAGGGAACCUAAACUUAACCCAAGGGCAGUUUAAUAGAGGAGGGAAAAUUCUCGAGGAAAAAAAAAACAAAUUUAGAUUUUGGGAUAAGG